AUGGGUGGCUGGGCGAUUUUUUGCGCUAUCUGCGGAGGUCCAUUCUCCAGCCAGGUCGACAUGGACUGCGAAGGGACCGACGAAAGGGCCUAUCGUUUCGACAUCCUCGAGGAUUGCAACCUGGAGUGGCUCGACGAACUACGUGCCCUAGGAAUGAAUCCCGACGCUACCGGAAGUGACAAGUCGUUUCUGACGGGAUCUGGUCGCUACUUUGACUAUGGUGGAAUUGAAGUUGUUGCUGGGAAUAUAGAUAUGAACAUCCCAUACCCGAAGAAUGAGAUUGUUCCCAUGGUCGCAUAUCACGACUUUGCGGAAAUCGACACACCACAUGUGUUUCCCUUUCACUCCGUUUGCUACGAGGUUCUGAGGAGAUGCAUCUCCCUGAGGAAGUCAGGUGGAAUUCGGGGACAUACGCUGUACCAGGUUUUCGAACAGGCCAACGGUGGCCGGUACGUCCGGCUGCAACUUGACUAUGGCGACCCAGACCCCCCCGCAGAGCAGGUGUGGGAGAAUCUCCGAGGACAGGAGAUUCUAGUAGUAAAUCCAGUCGACAUACCGGAGCUCGAAUCGGAGAUCAGCGACAUCAAGUGCUUGUUAGACACGAAAACCUACCUGGGUAAUGAGACGAAGCUCCAUGUAGAGGAUAUUUUCAGUCAUCUUCCGAUCGAACUGCGACACGAAAUCUUCAAGCACCUUCGCCCAGAAUCAAUUUUGGCUCUCAAGGCGGCCUCGCGGGUCAUGCACGCUACCUUGAUUCCGCGUUCCAUGUGGGAGGCCAAGUUAGUCGAUACAUAUCCAUGGCUGUGGGAGGUGCUCGAACUCUCUGUUUUCCAAUCACAGGAGAUCGAGGAGAAGGCUUCUAGGCUGCUUCUUGCUUGUAGUGAGCACGGCGGAUCCACAGGAAAAAGCUAUGGCUAUACCCUGGGACUUGCCAACAGGAGAAGGAUUUGGGGAGUAUGCGAACAGAUUCGGAGUCGAUAUUUGGAAUAG